UCGAGUGUGAAAUCACUCAAGACGGCGUUGGAAGCUGCACAGGAUGAACUAGAUCUGUUUCUUGAUAGAGACAUAGCGGAAAUGGAGAUUCUUCUGGUUCCGGAACAUUAUCCCACCAAGCCGCAUACUGUCUCUUCACUUGCUGAGCUCUACUACUUGACACAGACAUUGCCAUUGAUCAAGCUCUUACCAGGAAGCCACAAAGUGUUAAUGACAGACAACUUUGAGCUGGCUCUUCUAGAGGGAAAAAUCGCUGUAUUGUACCUGAGAAUUGAAGAGUUGAAGAGGCAGGGUAAAUGGUCCCUCAGACAGCCUCUGAAGUUCUACGAUCCAUUCACAUACAAGAAGAAGAGUAAGAAAAUCACAUUUUACUGGGAUAACCUCCUCGCCGAGGCUAAAUGGAUGGCCACAGAUUUCCAUGAAUCUGCCAAGUUCAAGAGAGCCUGCUGUGUGAUGUUGGCGCAGGCUGUAAGCGAUUACUGGACAUACGGAAAGAGACCAUUCAAGAUGUUUGUUGAUCUCAAUGAUCUUAAGAAGAUUGACCAGUCGAUAAUUAAGAACUUGCCGAAGUUCACGGCCUUUGACGAUGACUCUAAUGUGGCGCCGGUUUCAGCUUUGAAGCCUAGCGAGUCACCUUUGGCAUCGAUAUCUCGCUUGAUCCAUCCAUUUGAAGACGAUAACAACUGGCACAAGAUCAUUCUUAAAGAUACCAAUAGCUCAAGCAAGAACGUCCGAACCGAAGGACCCCCAGAGUACCAGAAGGGGUUGUUUGGAAUCCAAUCACAUCGUAGAUUCAACUAUUUGAAGCCUCCCAAACCUCCAUUGAUAAAGAAUAUUGAGUAUAGAUCACCGACCAUAUGGCUCCCUCAAGAUGACAAGUAUUUGAUUCAUUAUGUAGCAGAGUUUUCAUUCAACUGGGAGCUUAUUUCUGAACAUUUGCUGACGUCGUCUUCCGCAUCCAGCUUGAAGAAGUACGAAUCAAAUAUCGAACGGAGAACUCCCUGGCAAUGUUUUGAAAGGUAUAUUCAGCUCAAUGAGAAGUUCCAAUUCUCAGACAUGAAGGGUGUAUAUGCCUACCAUGCUCAGCAAUGGCUAGAACAAGCCCACAAAGCCCAACUGACGACAAAGCGUAGAAUUUCUCCAUUAGGUGUUGGCGCCGAGUCUAUUCAAAGGGGCCAUAGACGUUUGCGGUGGGCUUCUAUGUUUGAUGCCAUGAGAAAAUGCAUGAAAAAGAGAGAAAUCGCAGUAGCCAAAGUGAGCCAAAGAAGAACUACCAACGACUAUUCUGCUGCUAACACCAACACUGGUGCUUCUGUCGUCAAGAGGCCGAUGGACAGAGUUCCUAACCCUGCCGAGUUGUCAAAGUUGAAGUUUGAAAGAGAUAAGUCGAUACAAGAAGCCUAUCUCAACCAGCAAGCUACUCGUUCCAGAAUUUCGGGUGCCCCUAUCAGCGGGCAAUCUUCUCCUGUUCCAGGUAACCAACAGCUCGGCCAGCUUCCAAAUGGUAUUAGACGUCCAACUACUCCAAAUGGAACUCCAUAUACAAACGAACAGAUCCAGCAGCUUAUCCAGCUCCAGAAACAGAGACGGUUAAUGCAACAGCAGAAUCAACAAAAUAAGACUUCUAUAGGAAGUUCAUCUUCCAGCGGUGGACUAAUUCACUUCGCACCAGCACAGGUUUCUGCUAUUAUUAACUCUAUACAGCAAAAGAACCCUGGUUUCAGUAAGGAACAAGUAACCAAACUUGCGGCGCAAUAUCUUGCGAAUUUACAGCAACAA